GUAGGUAGGGUUUGGGUACAUAGGAAUGAAAACGGCGUAGGUCGGAGGAGAGGAGAAGGGAAGAGAAGAGAAGAUGCAUUCAUUCGGAUACAGAGCGAACGCUUUGCUGACUUUUGCUAUUACGAUACUUGCCGUAAUGUGCGCCAUCGCAUCCCUCUCCGACAAUUUCACUUCUCCCCAUCCCUCCUCCAAAGUCCAGGUUCUAAACAUCAAUUGGUUCCGGAAUAAGCCAGAUGGCGAUGAUGAGGUCAGCAUGACGAUGAACAUAUCAGCAGAUUUGCAGUCAUUGUUUACAUGGAAUACAAAACAGGUUUUCGUUUUUCUAGCUGCUGAGUAUGAAACCCCACAGAAUUCUUUAAAUCAGGUUUCCUUGUGGGAUGGUAUUAUUCCUGCCAAAGAGCAUGCAAAGUUCUACAUCCAUACAACCAACAAAUACCGAUUUGUAGAUCAGGGAAGUAAUCUCCGAGGAAGAGAUUUCAACAUGACAUUGCAUUGGCAUGUGAUGCCCAAAACUGGGAAGAUGUUUGCUGACAAAAUAGUCAUGACCGGGUUCCGCUUACCUCAAUCAUAUAGAUGAAUGUAAUGCCUUACUCGUGGUGUAAUUUUAUUUAUGCCUCAUAGAAUGAAACCUGUGGAUUUGUUUAAUUUAAAGAUAUAAAUAUAAAGCUGCAAAUGAACAAAUAGUUUGAGGAUAUCUGAAUCAUUAGAUGAGAACUGUAAAUGAGCUGAGCAACUCAAGAUGCACUUGCUAAAAGCUCGAAUCGAGCCAAAUUUUAACGA